AUGAAGUUGAUUGGAUAUCUUCGCGCCCAAGCCAUGCCAAGGAACAAGGCCGCGCUAAUCCUGGUCAACGACCCCCUGUCCCCACUCGAUGCCCGACUCCUUCUGACUGAUGAAACGGAGCCGGUUUUUCACUCUUGUGCAUGUGUGAUCUCUAGCCACGAAAAUGAUCUCCUUCGAUUGGUCACAUCGACAAAUAUGAAACGUGAAGCCGCGUCUGAAUCGCGAGGCUGCAAUAGUGAGAGUGAUGAGCGACCAGCAAAAGUGCCCCGGCGAGGGAGCUCAAGCACGAAUCCAGGGCCCUUGAAGCUCGAGCAAGACCUCAGCAGAGUACAGCCGCCACUCUCUCCACUCUCGCCUGAUUGUAAUAGCGAAAGCCGUCAACUAUGUCACUAUUUUGGAAACCAAGGGCUGCUUCAUGCGACCGUCCCCGCCGGCCCGGUACCCGACGAUAUUGCGCUUUGUGAGCGCCUUCUCGCUCAGCCGGUCGAGCCUCCUACCGGUACACUUUUCGACGACUUGUACCUCACAGACUUCCAUAAUGCAUUGCGGAAUCGAUCUGAAGCGCGUCUUUUGGUGGACCUACACCCCCUCAUUAUGCCAUCCGCAGAAAAUCAGUACAUCCAGGGGAAUGAAUCUUUGAAAGACGUGAUUGAUGGAUACAAUGAUCCGUGGCUGAAGACCGAGCCCAUAUACGGUCCGAAACCGCAGCCGGACCACGCGCGCGGCUUGAAGUGGUCGACCUUUUCCGAGAGCCAGCGGCGCAAACUGGGGAUCAAGCCGGACGAGAAAUCACCGUAUACGGCGCGAGAGGAUAUGUAUUUUCCUUACGUGACAGCAGAAAUCAAAUGUGGGAACCAAGCGCUGGAGCUUGCCGACCGGCAGAAUAUGCACAGUAUGUGCAUUGCCCUGCGGGCUGUGGUCUCUCUGUGCCAAGCGGCGGGCUGCACGGAAGAGGUGCAUCGGCGGAUUUUGGGGUUCUCGGUCUCUCAUGAGCUCGAAGGCGUUCGUUUGUACGGCUACUAUCCCGAGAUUGAUGGUGGCAAAGUGUCAUUUUACCGCUGGCCGGUCGCGCAACCCAACAUCUGGACCAAAGAGGAUCGGUGGACAUGUUAUCGGUUCGUGGAGAACGUGGACCGCGAAUUUCUGCCUGUCCAUACUCACCGGCUAUUGCGGAUACUUGAAGGAGUUCCGGACCCCGACGAGGGUUCUUUAAGUGUCGUUGUCGACGAGCCUGGCUCUCAGCUGUUCAUGGGUGGAUCGCAGGAACGUUUGGGGUAUCGCAGAGCUGCAUCCUCGCAGAAUCGUGGUUUGCAACCGGAGCUACGCAUGAUGGUUCAAACAUUACAAGAACAAUUGGCUGAACAGAAGGACCGAGAGGAGAAACGAGAAGCGGAACAUAAGGCUCGGGAAGAGAAACUUCUCGCUCAACUAGAGCAGCAAAAGCUCCGGGAAGAGGAGCGAGAAGUGGAGCAGAAAGCACGGGAAGCAGAUCAGAAGGCACGGGAAGAGAAGCGUGAAGCAGAACAGAAGGAACUGCAAAUGAAAUUUCUUGCCCUUUUAGAACAGAAGGAUAAUUCGAAAUGUGCAUAA